UCGGGACGGCAAGGAGAGCCGAACUCAGUCUGUUGAGGCACGCGCGCACGUUGUCAUCGUGGUCGAUCUCGAUCGGUUUUUUAUAACAGAAAAGUUAAACGUGGUACCGUCGGAUCUCGCGAGGUUAGUUUCGAAAGUUGACGUGAAGUUUUCGCGACAAAAACCGCCCACGUGAAAACCCACAAACACUCGGGGUUUAUUUAUUUGCACGAACUGUUUAUUUGUUCGAUUCCUUUCCCGAAUGGAGUGCGAGAGUUUUAGCUCGUUGACCGACGAUUGUUGAGGAUGUUACGUUACACUUGUUCAGCUUAGAAUGCUUCAACAACAUUAUGUGUGUCCGUCGUCUUUGUGCCGUUCUGGCUACGCUGGCUGCGCUCCCAGAACACGUCAUUGCGGAUUUCGAAUACAUGGUCACAACUCCAGAAUCGAUAGUCGUAGACAUUAACUACGCUACCGCUUUGGUAUGCGAGAUGAACAUCGAGCCGGACAAGUUUGAGUGGAAGUUCUACCCUAGCAACGAACCCUACAAUUCCAAGACUGAUAUUAAUUUAAGUUCCGCCAAGUUCGGUCUGCUGCCCAAAGACAAUUUCAAAGUCCACAAACGGAAAUCUAUCCUCGAGGUCCACGUGAACAACACGGACGUUGUCGGUGACUACCAGUGUCUGGCAUACUAUGGCGCAUCGGUAGUGGCGUCCGUGCCUUGGCGCAUCAGCAUCGAGAAAUUGGAAAAAUUCGCGGGUCAAAAGAACGUAUCGUUAUCGGUGCAAUCUGGCAACACUGUGAGCUGGAGAUGCGCCGCGCCCGAGUCUAACCCGGACGCGUACAUCGACUACAUGAAAGGAGAAACGUACAUUUCUCCCAUCCCUGUGGACAAACAUAGCGGCAGCAUGAUUUUGCCCAACGUUGCCGUGGAAGAUUCCGGGAACUAUAGGUGCGUCGCGACUAAUAUAUUCAAAAAAGAAACAUCCGAUGCCGUUUUCAAGUUGGAGGUCGUCAGAAACGGACUCCCAAAACCUCCAAGUUUUAUUGUGGAACCGAAAAAGGAGUAUACAAUUUUAAGUGGGUCUUCUGUGUUCUUGGCAUGCUCAGCUGUAGGAAAUCCCAUACCAAAGGUUGUUUGGUUCAAGAAACAGUCCGAGUUACCCUCCAGCAGGAUCGAACUGAUUACGGGAGGUAUAAUAAUUAAAAACAUUACCUCCACGGAUGACGGCAUAUACGUAUGCAAUCAUACGAAUAUAUACGGUACAGUGUCGCAUCAAAUAACCGUCAGGUAUAACGAGGAUCCUAGUGUCGACUGCCUAAUGAACACAACGGACGUUAAGCAGGGUGAAAAUUUGGAUCUGGAAUGCAUCGUCACAGGUACACCGGAUCCGCAACUGACGUGGUUCCUAAACGGAUUUUCCGUUGGUAACGAUUCCGCCAUAGAAGCCGUCGGAAACAGGAUCUAUUUCCGACCGAUCGAGAAGCGCCACGCCGGCAAUCUGCAGUUGUUCGCAAGGAACUCGGUCAAAACGGUAUACGACAGUACCAGUAUCAGGGUCAUCCCUCUCGCGACCAGUAUAGACAUGCCGAUGCCGCCGUCCCGACCGCACCAAAGGCAUCACCGAAAGCCUCAGGGCACCAAGAAACCAUCAAAGCAUAACAAAACGCCGAAAUUGGUGCCCCCGAACAAACCGACCAUCACCCGACUCAACGACGAGACCGUGGUAGUGCGAUGGAACGUACCUAGCAACGACGGACUCCCAAUACAGUUUUUUAAGGUGCAGUAUAAGGAAAUUGGACCUGCGAAUCCGAGACACGGCCACAGCCAGAGCAAGGAAUGGAAAACGACAAACAUAGAUAUACCUCCAAACAUUAAGGCCUACGAUGUGUUUGGGCUCAAAUCCGAUCACAUAUACAAGUUCAGAAUAGCCGCCGUGUACAGCAACAACGAUUACAAACUAAGUCCAGUUUCGAACAAAUUUCACCUGAAGAGGUUAGAUUUCGACGAACGGAAUCCUUUGCCGAUCUGUUGGAUAACCCACACUGAGACUGCGAAUUCUACAGCGAUCAAAGUUUACUGGCAGUGUCCCCCAUAUAAUGUGACUGUCGAUGGGUUUUACUUGAGUUACAUGUCGGCCACACGGGCCGGAGACGAUUACAUGAAGACUACCGUAGACGGAGACGGUACCAGGAAUUUCGUAAUAACCCAUCUACAUCCGGAAACCAGCUACGACAUAAAACUGCAGAGUUUCAAUUCGAAACUGGCCAGCGAAUUUAGUCAGCUGAUGAAAGGUCGCACCGGUUUGAAUCCGGUAUCGAGUCAUACCACAACACAAUUUAGUACCACGAAAACUACCCCAACACCCGAAGCGAGCAGUACCAGUAAUGUAUACGUAAUUUCAGUCGGUACUAUCAUAGCUGCAGCACUGGUCAUUGCGAGUCUAAUACUGCUGUUCGUCUGCAGAAAAUGGAAACAAAAAAAACUGACCGACACCGAGGAUAAGCCGUCGGUCGAGCACCACAUCCAAGCGGACGGUACCGACUAUGUCGUCGAAGCAAAGUCCCUUCCCAGGUCUAAUGGGUGCGCGAUUCCUUCCAAUAGGAUCACUAUUACUCCCAAUCCGUUAGCAGACGCCGAGACCAAGAAUCAGACGGCCAUAGAGUUGCGAAAUCUGGCCAACAACAAUGUCCGGCAUCAGCAGCACCCAACUAGCCAGAACGAGUUCCAGGAUAACAAUUUUGCAUGCGAAACGCGAGAAAGAAAACGGAAAAACUCGAAAAAUCUCAGUCGGUCAGCGGACAGCGAUUCUGGGAGUAACUAUGUUUGAUUAAAAUAUUGUGAUAAAGAACUUAUUUUUCUGUAUAAUAAUGACGAUCACAAAGUCACAAUUUGUGUAAACUUUUUGUAGGUAGUUGGUACUUAAUUUUUGAUGUUCAAUGAAAGAAAAAACCGAAACAUUUUUCUACUAUUGUGCCACUAUUUUCUUUAAAAAAAUCGAACUUAUUAUUAUGGCCCAGGAUAUCCACAAUUUUUUAAUAAUGUCAAUGUAAUUUAACAGUAUUAAAAGACUAAUUAAAAAUGUAUGUCAAAUCGAAUUUUGAACUCCGGGUAAAUUUUAUAAUUUAUAUAUGCUCCUAAAUGACUUGAAAAACUGUGAUAUUUUGUAUGGUAUUCUUUUCGAAGGUAAUCGGCAGCUUAUCUGUUAAGUCGGAGUAUAAUCUUCAAUCUGCUGUAGAUACUGAGUAAUUUAAGCUUGUAAAUAUAAUUAUAUUCCUCCUAGUGAAGCCCGUUAGAUUUUUGUAAGCCCUAAUGUAAACUAUUUAUAAUUUUUUGCUUGCCACACACGACGCCAAUUCUAACGAAAUUACAUGACACAUAUCCCAAGUGCCUCCAUUAGACGAACAAAUGUCACUAGCCUUAAGCAAUUCGACAAUUAAUUUAUUAAGUGCUUUCGUUUGUUUUACUUCG